AUGAAAGACCAGAUUUUUGAACAGUGCCACCGCCAUUUCAAUGACAUCGUUGCCAUCCGACGUGACAUUCAUCAGUAUCCUGAAUUGGGGUUUGAUGUACACCGUACAGCAGGUAUCGCCGCUGAUGCACUGCAGGCACUCGAAAUCCCUGUCAAGACGGGUAUCGGUAGGACAGGUGUUGUCGGAGAUUUGGAGGUGCCGGGAGCAACAAAACGUAUCGCCUUACGCGCCGAUAUGGACGCGCUCCCGAUUCAAGAACUCACCGACGUUCCCUACAAAUCUAAGAUUGAUGGAAAAGCACACCUCUGUGGACACGAUGCACACACGGCGAUGCUUAUCGGCACAGCCCGGAUCCUUUCAGAGUUCCGAAGCAGCCUCAAAACACACGUUAGAUUUAUUUUUCAACCGAGCGAAGAGGCAUUACCCGGCGGAGCCCCAGCGAUGAUCGCAGACGGUGCGUUGGAAGACGUAGAUGAAAUCUACGGGAUACACGUCUUUCCACUCUAUACCGUGGGAGAAUACGCUACGUGCUCUGGUCCGAUGUUGGCACAAUCGGAUACUUUUCAGAUUACACUCACCGGGACAGGUGGACAUGCAGCGUUUCCACAUCUCACUGUCGAUCCAAUUGUUAUUAGCGCGCAGUUUGUGACGGCUCUACAAUCUAUCAUUGCGAGAAAUGUGAAUCCACUGGACUCGGCGGUAGUCAGCGUCACACAAUUCCACGGCGGAGAUGCGAACUUGCAAAACGGACUUACGGGUGCAGCACUGAACGUCAUUCCCCCGAAAGUCCUGAUAGGUGGCACGGUACGCACACUCCAAAAAGCGGUGCAGACACGAGUCCGAGGACAAUUAGAGCGUCUCCUCGCUGGAUUAGCAGAUGCCCAUAACGCAACCUAUACAUUCGACUACCAAGAAGGAUAUCCGGUAACUUACAACCACGAACCUUGUGUCUCCACAGCCGUCUCUACAGCACGCGGGUUAGUUGGGGAGAACAAUCUCAUAUUCCCAGUGCUACCGAUAUUAGGGGGCGAGGAUUUUGGAUACUAUUCACAAAAAAUUCCAGCGUGUUUCGUGAUGGUAGGGGCAGGUAAUGAAGAGAAAGGCAUCGUGAAUAUGUGCCACCAUCCACAGUUUGAUAUUGACGAAACUUGUAUGAUUUACGGCAUGGCACUGCUCACAAAUCUCGCGAUGCUCUAA